CACUGACCGGCGUAAUGCCAGCGCGAGAAAGUGCCACGACUCCACACAGACAUCGACUGACUCCUCAAGCUGGGGAUAAUAUUUUUUUGGUUUUUUUUGUUUUGUUUUUUUUGGGCUGGAGUGGUAAGGCAGUUGGAUUCCAGAUAAUCACUUCUCUUUAAACUCUUCCUGAAGUGAUUCAUCCAACGGAAAUCUGCCGCGAGAAAAGAACGGAAACAAGCAGUGAUGGAUAUCUACGAUCCGCAGACUCUAGGAAUUGUGGUGUUUGGUGGCUUCAUGGUGUUCUCAGCCAUUGGUAUUGCUCUGGUCUCAACAUUUUCCAUGAAGGAGACCUCUUAUGAAGAAGCUAUAGCCAAACAGCGGAAGGAGCAGGGGAAGACCCUAUCUAGCCAACGUUCAGACAAGAAGAAAAAGGACAAGGCAGCUGAGAAGAAAAAUCGUGCUAAGAAAAAGGAAGAUAAGCCCAAUGGGAAGCUCCUGGAGUCAGAGGCUACCCCUGAGGUUACAGAAGUGUCAGCUGAGCCCAGUCCUCUAACUCCUCCAGACCCGGAACAGGUUUCUACACCAGAACCUAAACAAGAGGCCCCAGCUCAGAAGUCUCCUCAACCCACCGUUUCCCAAAAGCCCACUCCACCUGCCCUGGCUCAGAAAUCAGCUUCAACUGUCUCAGCCCAAAAAUCUGCUGUACCUAUCCAAAAGUCUACUACUGUGCCUCCUGCCCAGAAAUCUUCUCCAACUCCCUCUGCCCAGAAAUCUGCUUCACCUCCUUCUACCCAGAAAUCUUCACCGGCCACAGCCCAGAAGUCUGCUUCAAAUGCCCAGAAAGCAGCUCCACCUGCCCCAGACCAGAAAGUCACUCCACCGGCCCCUGCACAAAAAUCUGCUCAAACUCAAAAGGCUUCUCCAACUGCCCCAACACAAAAAUCCUCUCAACCUGCCCCAUCCCCAAAGGCUGGUCAAACUGCCCCAACACAGAAAUCCUCUCAGCCUGCCCAAACCCAAAAGUCUGCUUCAAAUGCCCAGACCCAGAAAUCUUCUCAGCCUGCCCAAACCCAAAAGGAUAUUCCAACUGCCCCAACACAGAAAUCUUCUCAGCCUGCCCAAACCCAAAAGGAUAUUCCAUCUGCCCCAACACAGAAAUCCUCUCAGCCUGCCCAAACCCAAAAGGAUAUUCCAUCUGCCCCAACACAGAAAUCCUCUCAGCCUGCCCAAACCCAAAAGUCUGCUUCAAAUGCCCCGACCCAGAAAUCUUCUCAGCCUGCCCAAACCCAAAAGUCUGCUUCAAAUGCCCCGACCCAGAAAUCUUCUCAGCCUGCCCAAACCCAAAAGUCUGCUUCAAAUGCCCCGACCCAGAAAUCUUCUCAGCCUGCCCAAACCCAAAAGUCUGCUUCAAAUGCCCCGACCCAGAAAUCUUCUCAGCCUGCCCAAACACAAAAGUCUGCUUCAAAUGCCCCAACACAGAAAUCUUCUCAGCCUGCCCAAACACAAAAGUCUGCUUCAAAUGCCCCAACAGAGAAAUCUUCUCAGCCUGCCCAAACACAAAAGUCUGCUUCAAAUGCACCGACCCAGAAAUCUUCUCAGCCUGCCCAAACCCAAAAGUCUGCUUCAAAUGCACCGACCCAGAAAUCUUCUCAGCCUGCCCAAACCCAAAAGUCUGCUUCAAAUGCACCGACCCAGAAAUCUUCUCAGCCUGCCCAAACCCAAAAGUCUGCUUCGAAUGCCCCGACCCAGAAAGCUGCCUCACUUGUCCCAGCCCAGAAAGUCACUCCACCAGCCCCAGUGCAGAAAUCCUCUCCGCCCGACCAAAAACCCAGUCCACCUGCCCCGACCCCUUCCCAAAAAGCUUCUGUAGGUCCUACCCCUUCUGCAUCCCUUCCUUCUCCUGAAAAUGCUCCACCUGCCCCAUCUCCUAAGGAAAAGAGGAAGAAGAAAGCCAAAACAGAGAAUGUUUCCCCUGAGAUUCAGCCCAAACCUGUCGCUCCAUUGGAGAUGGUGACCAAAAAGGUUCCUAUCAUGGCAGUGCCUCCAGUGGGUACUCCAAAAGCUGCUGAGUUGGCCAAAGCAGAAGAACCCAAACAGGAUGCUCCAGCUAAGAAGAAAGGAGGAUCCAAAAAGAAGUCAGAGCCAGCGGUGGCUGCAGACCCCGCAGACAGUCCACUGUACCUUCCCUACAAGGCUCUGCUUUCCACAGUGAGGAGUAUGGUGUUCACUGACGGAGAGGCCCAGCAGCUCAUUGAGAUUUUGUCUGAUAAGGCUGGCAUUAUUCAGGACACAUGGCAUAAGGCCACACAGAAGGGUGACCCGGUAGUUGUGCUGAAGAAACAGCUGGAAGAACGAGACAAGCAGCUGGCAGCUGAGCAGGAGGACUCAGCAGCUGUUAAAGGCAAACUGAGGGAUUUGACUAAAGACCUGUCUGUGGAGAAGUCAAAGGUGGCAUCUGUAGAGACCAGAUUGAGCUCUCAGCUGAGUAAACGAGAGCAGGACAUUAUCGCCCUGCAAGCUCGCAUGCAGGCCAGUUAUCAAGACCACCUUGCGGAGACUCAGCAGCUUAAUGCCAAAGUCUUGGCUCUCCAGGACCAGCUGGAGAAAGGCCCCAAUGCUCAGCUGGCCCGUCUACAGCAGGAGAACUCUAUCCUCAGAGAUGCACUUAACCAAGCCACCAGUCAGACGGAGAGCAAGCAAAAUGCUGAAUUGGCCAAACUGCGUCAGGACUGCAUUCGACUGAAUAAGGAACUGGUGGAGAAGAAUGAGACCUUGCAGGCCGACGAACAGCUCAGGAAAAAUCUGGAAUCUAAAGCGGCCAUGGCUGAGAAACAAGUGACCCAGCUGCAGGCUAAUCGUGUGAGCAGUGAACAGGCCCUGCAGAAGCAUCUAGAAGAAGUGAGCGAGGAGCUCAGACAGACCCAGAGCAGCAGAAACAACCUUCAGGCACAGCUUGAACAAGCUCAGAAAGAUGCCACUGCUCUAGCAGAGGCUCAAGCUUGUGUGGUCAAUAUGGAGGCAGAAAUGAAAGAGCGGACCGGACAGUUGGAGAGUCUGCAGAGCCAGCUGAAACUGAUGGAGGCUAGUCAGAACAAAGAACAGAACCACAAUUCAGAGGCUUUGGCUGAACUGGAGCAAGCAAAGAUCAGCCUGAAGGAGAAAGAAGAGGAACUGAUCCAACUCAAAAACAGCAUUGCCAGUCAGGUGGAUAACACAACAACGCUACAACAGUUGCAGCACAGCAUUAAAGAAAAGGAUGACCAAAUAUCAACUCUUCAGGGAGAGCUCCAACAGGUUAAAGAAAACAAUUCAGACCUCACCAGACUUGGAAACACAGAAAUGCUGGAACAGCUUCAAAACAGCUUAAAAGAAAAAGAGUCUCAGGUGACUUUAUUUAAAGAAGAGAUGAAGCAGUGUAAAGAACAGUAUGACACUAUUCUGGCAGACAGCACAGCAAAGCUGGAGUCACUGCAUAAAAGCGUUACUGAAAAAGAGAGCCAAGUGACAUCACUACAACAGGAAGCGCAGCAGCUCAAGGAACUAAAUCAGUCACAAGGCAAGAGUUACGAGACUUUGGAGGACAUGCUGAAAUCUGUCCAGGCUGAGACCAAAGAAGUUCUUCAUUCUCUUUUCCCACACAUCAACAUAGAGACAGCGCAGACCAAUUGGCUGCAAGACUUUGCUGUGGAAGCAAAAGAGGUGCUAAAUCAAAAGCAACAGACCCAAGAAUCCCAGCAAAGCGCAGAGAUGGUGGAGAUAAUGGGGAAACUUCAGGCAGCCCAGGAGAGUCAGUGCACAUUACAGUCUGAAUGUGACCAGUACAGGAGCGUACUGGCUGAGACGGAGGGGAUGCUGAAAACACUUCAGAAAAGUGUAGAGGAGGAGGAGAGAGUGUGGAAGACUCAGAUAAUGGAGUCAGAGGAGAAACUGAGAAUGGCACUUAACAAGGUGCAGGCGUUAGAAGAGACAACAGAGAACUUGAGAGAGGAGAACCAGAGAACCCAAAAGCUGGAGGACAAGGUGGUGUUGCUCGAGGGCCAACUGGAGAAACAGCUCCAGUCAGUGUCCACUGACAGCCAGAGUCAAUCUGAAGAGAUAAAAAACUUGAAGCACGUUUUGGCAGAAUCAGAAAGACAGCUGAGUGCGGCCCAGAAGGAGAUACAGACACAGAGGGAGGAGCUUUCACAGGUCAGGCAGAGUGACGUGACAAAGCGAGCUCAGGGAGUGGCAGAGAACGGGCAGCCUGAGGCGGAGGAGUGUCAGGUCCAGGCUCAGCUGGAGCAGACGUUGGAAAAACUGCAAGGUGAACAGGCUCUAAACCAGCAGCUCUCUGCAGAAGUGGAGCAGGCUCAGGAAGCACUUAAAAAACACCUUCAGAUCCAUCUAGAACAGAUGAGGUCAGCUGAAGAUGCUGCAGCCAUGGAGGAUGUUGUUCAGCUGAAGGAGUGUCUAGAAAAGGAGCGAAAGAUGACCAAAGAUUUGGGCCAGGCAGCCACCAAACUCCAACAACUGCUAAGAAACAGUCAGGACCAACUUUCCAAAGAGAAAGAGAAAGUCAGGACCCUGCAGGAUCAACUGCAAGACAAGGAGGGUGAUGGAGAGCUGAAGCAAGGCACUUCUGUUUGAGGGGUAAAACAAAACAAAUUGCCAAAAAUUGCCUUAAGAUGACCAAAAUGAAGCAUCCUGAAAUUUUUCUUCCCUUUGUUUGUUGUACUAUAGUCUUGGGAGAAAUUGUUAGAAAACUUUGAGAAAUCUAACUCAUGCAAGCAUUUUAUUUCGGAGAUGUGCUGGAACUAUUUUCACAUUCCAUCUGAAACCUUCUGGCUAUGUCAGAAAAUAUUCCUCAAUUAUAUAUGAGGAAUAUAUAUUUGCCUUAUAUAUAUGUUCUUAGUGUUCCCGCACCUCUCCUCCUGAUGUCAGUGUUAAAAGGGAAACCGCUAACUAGUGCAAUUAAUUUCCUGUAAGUGAAUGAGUAUGCAUAAUUGUAUUGGUACAUGGGUAAAGCAUUUGGAAUGCUCUCUCUGUAGCUGGCUUCAAGACCAUUGUAGUAAGUUCGAUAAUAAAUAAUAAAUGGCAA